UGCUCCCAGGGCCGAGGCUGGGCGAGGUGGGGGCAGGGAUGGCGCUGGUGGAACCGGUCCCCACGGCUUACUUCCACCCAGCUCCUCCGGGGAAGCUCGGGGAGGUGUCACUGGAGGAUGUGCUGCUUGGAUCUCCAGCCAGAGCUGCUGGAGCAGAUGAAGACAGCAAGGCAGAGGGGGUGCAGAUGGCCACAGCUGGGUGCAAAGCCUCCUCAGCACCUCCCUGCAGCCUGUGGACAACACAAGCAGAUGGAGAAGUCAGGCUGAGGCUGGAGGAGCAGGGCAUAGGCAGUGAGGCACCAAGGACUGUUCCUGAGCUCUUCCAGGAGGCUGCUGCCAAGUAUGGGGACUACUAUGCCCUUGCAUCCAAGAAGGGUGGCCAGUGGACCAAGCUCACCUACAGGAGGUACUAUGAGGAGUGCUGGAAGGCAGCAAAAAGCUUUCUGAAGCUGGGGCUGGAGCGCUUCCACGGCGUCUGCAUCCUGGGCUUCAACUCUGCAGAGUGGUUCAUUGCUGACAUUGCAGCCAUCCUGGCAGGCGGAUUUGCUGUUGGGAUCUACACCACAAACUCUCCUGAGGCCUGCCACUACGUAGCAGAGAACUGCAGUGCCAACAUUCUGGUGGUGGAAAACCACAAACAGCUGCAGAAGAUCUUGGAAAUUCAGCAUAAGCUACCUCACCUGAAAGCCAUUGUCCAGUAUGGAGAGGAGCUGAAAGAGAAGAGACCCAACCUCUACUCUUGGGAGGAGUUCCUGGAGCUUGGCAGGGGGCUUGCAGACGCUCAGCUGCAGGCGGUCAUCGCGGCGCAGAAGCCCAACCAGUGCUGCACUCUGAUCUACACCUCGGGCACCACGGGGCAGCCAAAGGGAGUGAUGCUCAGCCAUGACAAUCUGACGUGGACAGCAGCAGCUGCAGGCCGUUUCCUCAUGCUGACAGAUGCCAAGGAGAAGCAGGAGGUGGUGAUCAGCUACCUGCCCCUCAGCCACAUUGCUGCCCAGAUGACAGACAUCUGGUCGGCCAUGGCCUUCGGGGCACAAGUCUUCUUCGCCCAGCCAGAUGCACUGAAGGGCAGCUUGGUGGACACCCUGAAGGAAGUGAGGCCAACUGCUUUCAUAGCAGUUCCUCGGGUCUGGGAGAAGAUAGAGGAGAAAAUGAAGUCCAUAGGAGCGAAGUCCUCGACGCUGCAGAGGAGAGUGGCCUCCUGGGCCAAGGGGGUUGGGCUGCAGACAAACCUGAAGUGGAUGAAUGGCUCUCCGCAGGUGCCGCUGAACUUCCGCCUGGCCAAGCACUUGGUGUACAGGAAGGUGCGGAGGGCCCUGGGGCUGGACAGGUGCACCAAGUGCUACACAGGGGCUGCCCCCAUCACCAGGGAGACCCUGGAGUUCUUCCUCAGCCUGGACAUCCCUGUCCUGGAGCUCUAUGGCAUGAGUGAGAGCUCUGGGCCCCACACCAUCUCCCUGCCCCACGCCUUCAGGCUCACCAGCUGUGGGAAGGAGGUGACAGGCUGCAGGACCCUGAUUGAUAAACCAGACCAAGAUGGCAAUGGGGAGAUCUGCUUCUCAGGGAGGCACAUCUUCAUGGGCUACCUCAACAUGGAGGAGAAGACCAAGGAGGCCAUAGAUGAAGAGGGCUGGCUGCACUCAGGGGACAUUGGCAGGCAUGACAAGGAUGGGUUCCUCUACAUCACAGGCAGGAUUAAAGAGCUGAUCAUCACUGCUGGGGGUGAGAAUGUUCCUCCUGUGCCCAUUGAGGAAGCUGUGAAGGAUGCUGUGCCCAUCAUCAGCAAUGCCAUGCUGGUGGGAGACAAGGCCAAAUUCCUUUCUAUGCUGCUAACCUUGAAGUGCACUGUGGACAGAGACACUGGGGAGCCAGGAGAUGACCUCACCCCAGAGGCCAUUGAGUACUGCCAGAAACUGGGCAGCAAGGCCACCAAGGUCUCUGAGAUCCUCAGCAGCAAGGACAAAGCCAUCUAUGGAGCCAUCCAGAAGGGGAUUGCAGCUGUCAAUGAGAGAGCUGUCUCCAAUGCCCAGAAAGUCCAGAAGUGGAUCCUGCUGGAGAAGGACUUCUCUCUCUUUGGUGGAGAGCUUGGCCCCACCAUGAAGCUGAAGAGGUCAGUGGUGGCACAGAAGUACAGAGACCAAAUAGCUCAGUUCUACGCCGAGCUGGAGACCCCCACGGGCACGGAGAACCCCCUCCAGCAGCAGCAGCACUGAGGUCAAGGCCCUGCUGCCACCAGGGCUCCCCACAGGAAGGAGAAAGGAAACCUUCUGCCUUCUCCUGAAAUAAAUGGAGGCUGAGGCAGCAGCAGCAGCCCUUCCCCAGCCACCCAGCUGGCCGUGGUGUGGCCUGCAGCCUGGGGACUGUUUGUGCCCUGUGCUUCCUGUGGCUGUGCUCUGAGAGGCUCCUGGGGGGCUCCACUCGAUGGCUUUUGGUCUUGCAGGGCUGUGUUUGGGUUGGGU